AUGCUUGAACUCUUUAAAUUUUCCUGUGUUGAAAUCAUUUCUUUCGCUGUUGUUUUUGUUCUUUCUGAAAUUUCAGUUGUUCUUUCUGAAAACGCUCUUCACUCUCUUUUUGUUCUUUCUGAAAUUUCAGUUGUUCUUUCCGAAAACGUUCUUCACUCUCUUUUUGUUCUUUCUGAAAUUUCAGUUGUUCUUUCUGAAAACUUGUUCUUUCUGAAAACGCUCUUCACUCUCUUUUUGUUCUUUCUGAAAUUUCAGUUGUUCUUUCUGAAACGCUCUUCACUCUCUUUUGUUCUUUCUGAAAUUUCAGUUGUUCUUUCUGAAAACGUUCUUCACUCUCUUUUUGUUCUUUCUGAAAUUUCAGUUGUUCUUUCUGAAAAACGCUCUUCACUCUCUUUUUUUGUUCUUUCUUUCUUCACUCUCUUUUUGUUCUUUCUGAAAUUUCAGUUGUUCUUUCUGAAAACGCUCUUCACUCUCUUUUUGUUCUUUCUGAAAUUUCAGUUGUUCUUUCUGAAAACGCUCUUCACUCUCUUUUUGUUCUUUCUGAAAUUUCAGUUGUUCUUUCUGAAAACGUUCUUCACUCUCUUUUUUGUUCUUUCUGAAAUUUCAGUUGUUCUUUCUGAAAACUUGUUCUUUCUGAAAACGUUCUUCACUCUCUUUUUUGUUCUUUCUGAAAUUUUCUUUCUUUCCGAAAACGUUCUUCACUCUCUUUUUGUUCUUUCUGAAAUUUCAGUUGUUCUUUCUGAAAACGUUCUUCACUCUCUUUUUUGUUUCUUUCUGAAAUUUCAGUUUGUUCUUUCCGAAAACGCUCUUCACUCUCUUUUUGUUCUUUCUGAAAUUUCAGUUGUUCUUUCUGAAAACUUGUUCUUUCUGAAAACGCUCUUCACUCUCUUUUUGUUCUUUCUGAAAUUUCAGUUGUUCUUUCUGAAAACUUUCACUUCUUUUGUUCUUUCUGAAAUUUUAGUUGUUCUUUCCGAAAACGUUCUUCACUCUUUUUGUUUCUUUCUGAAAUUUCAGUUGUUCUUUCUGAAAACGCUCUUCACUCUCUUUUUUGUUCUUUCUGAAAACGUUCUUCACUCUCUUUUUGUUCUUUCUGAAAUUUCAGUUGUUCUUUUUUUUCACUCUUUUGUUCUUUCUGAAAUUUCAGUUGUUCUUUCUGAAAAACGCUUCUUUCUGUUCUUUCUGAAAACUUGUUCUUUCUUCUUCACUCUCUUUUUUGUUCUUUCUGAAAUUUCAGUUGUUCUUUCCGAAAACGUUCUUCACUCUUUUUUGUUCUUUCUGAAAUUUCAGUUGUUCUUUCCGAAAACUUGUUCUUUCCGAAAACGUUCUUCACUCUUUUUUGUUCUUUCUGAAACGUUCUUUCACUUCUCUCUUUUGUUCUUUCUGAAAUUUCAGUUGUUCUUUCUGAAAACGUUCUUCACUCUCUUUUUGUUCUUUCUGAAAUUUCAGUUGUUCUUUCUGAAAACGUUCUUCACUCUCUUUUUGUUCUUUCUGAAAUUUCAGUUGUUCUUUCUGAAAACGUUCUUCACUCUCUUUUUGUUCUUUCUGAAAUUUCAGUUUUGUUCUUUCCGAAAACGUUCUUCAGUUCUUUUUGUUCUUUCUGAAAACGCGUUCUUCACUCUCUUUUUUGUUCUUUCUGAAAUUUCAGUUGUUCUUUCCGAAAACGUUCUUCACUCUCUUUUUGUUCUUUCUGAAAUUUCAGUUGUUCUUUCCGAAAACGUUCUUCACUCUCUUUUUGUUCUUUCUGAAAUUUCAGUUGUUCUUUCCGAAAACGUUCUUCACUCUCUUUUUGUUCUUUCUGAAAUUUCAGUUGUUCUUUCUGUUCUUUCUGAAAUUUCAGUUGUUCUUUCUGAAAACGUUCUUCUCUUUUUGUUCUUUCUGAAAUUUCAGUUGUUCUUUCUGAAAACGCUCUUCACUCUCUUUUUUGUUCUUUCUGAAAUUUCAGUUGUUCUUUCUGAAAACGUUCUUCACUCUCUUUUGUUCUUUCUGAAAUUUCAGUUGUUCUUUCUGAAAACGUUCUUCACUCUUUUUUUUGUUCUUUCUGAAAACGUUCUUCACUCUCUUUUUGUUCUUUCUGAAAUUUCAGUUGUUCUUUCUGAAAACGCUCUUCACUCUCUUUUUGUUCUUUCUGAAAUUUCAGUUGUUCUUUCUGAAAACGCUCUUCACUCUCUUUUUUGUUCUUUUCUGAAAUUUCAGUUUUGUUCUUUCAAAACGUUCUUCACUUCUUUUGUUCUUUCUGAAAUUUCAGUUGUUCUUUCUGAAAACGCUCUUCACUCUUUUUUGUUCUUUCUGAAAUUUCAGUUGUUCUUCUUUUCCAACGUUCUUCACUCUCUUUUUGUUCUUUCUGAAAUUUCAGUUGUUCUUUCUGAAAACGCUCUUCACUCUCUUUUUGUUCUUUCUGAAAUUUCAGUUGUUCUUUCUGAAAACGUUCUUCACUCUCUUUUUGUUCUUUCUGAAAUUUCAGUUGUUCUUUCUGAAAACGCUCUUCACUCUCUUUUUGUUCUUUCUGAAAUUUCAGUUGUUCUUUCUGAAAACGCUUCACUCUCUUUUGUUCUUUCUGAAAUUUCAGUUGUUCUUUCCGAAAACUUGUUCUUUCUGAAAACGUUCUUCACUCUCUUUUUGUUCUUUCUGAAAUUUCAGUUGUUCUUUUGUUCUUUCUCUCUUUUUGUUCUUUCUGAAAUUUCAGUUGUUCUUUCACGUUCUUCACUUUUUUUCUUUCUGAAAUUUCAGUUUUUUCUUUCCGAAAACGUUCUUCACUUCUUUUUGUUCUUUCUGAAAUUGUUCUUUCCGAAAACGUUUCUUUUUUUUGUUCUUUCUGAAAUUUUAGUUGUUCUUUCACGUUCUUCACUCUUUUUUGUUCUUUCUGAAAUUUCAGUUGUUCUUUCUGAAAACGCUCUUCACUCUCUUUUUUGUUUUUUGUUCUUUCUGAAAACGUUCUUCAGUUUUUUUGUUCUUUCUUCUGUUGUUCUUUCCAAAACGCUCUUCACUCUCUUUUUGUUCUUUCUGAAAUUUCAGUUGUUCUUUUCUUUUCUUUUGUUCUUUCUGAAAUUUCAGUUGUUCUUUCUGAAAACGUUCUUCACUCUCUUUUUUGUUCUUUCUGAAAUUUCAGUUGUUCUUUCUGAAAUCGCUCUUCCUCUCUUUUUUGUUCUUUCUGAAAUUUCAGUUGUUCUUUCUGAAAACGUUCUUCACUCUCUUUUGUUCUUUCUGAAAUUUCAGUUGUUCUUUCUGAAAACUCUUCACUUUUUUGUUCUUUCUGAAAUUUCAGUUGUUCUUUCUGAAAACGCUCUUCACUCUCUUUUGUUCUUUCUGAAAUUUCAGUUGUUCUUUCUGAAAACGCUCUUCACUCUCUUUUUUGUUCUUUCUGAAAUUUCAGUUGUUCUUUCUGAAAACGCUCUUCACUCUCUUUUUGUUCUUUCUGAAAUUUCAGUUGUUCUUUCUGAAAAACGCUCUUCACUCUCUUUUGUUCUUUCUGAAAUUUCAGUUGUUCUUUCUGAAAACGCUCUUCACUCUCUUUUUGUUCUUUCUGAAAUUUCAGUUGUUCUUUCUGAAAACGCUCUUCACUCUUUUGUUCUUUCUGAAAUUUCAGUUGUUCUUUCUGAAAACGCUCUUCACUUUUUUUGUUCUUUUUCUGAAAUUUCAGUUGUUCUUUCUGAAAACGUUCUUCACUCUCUUUUUUUCUUCUUUCUGAAAUUUCUGUUCUUUCUGAAAUUUCACUCUCUUUUGUUCUUUCUUUCUGAAAACGCUCUUCACUCUCUUUUUGUUCUUUCUGAAAUUUUGGUUGUUCUUUCCGAAAACGUUCUUCACUCUCUUUUUGUUCUUUCUGAAAUUUCAGUUGUUCUUUCCGAAAACGUUCUUCACUCUCUUUUGUUCUUUCUGAAAUUUCAGUUGUUCUUUCUGAAAACGCUUUCAGUUGUUUCAGUUUUCUUUCUGAAAACUUGUUCAAACUUCUUCACUUUUUUUUUUCUUUCUGAAAUUUCAGUUGUUCUUUCCUUUCCUGUUCUUUCUGAAAUUUCAGUUGUUCUUUCUGAAAACGUUCUUCACUCUCUUUUUGUUCUUUCUGAAAUUUCAGUUGUUCUUUCUGAAAAUGCUCUUCACUCUCUUUUUGUUCUUUCUGAAAUUUCAGUUGUUCUUUCCGAAAACGUUCUUCACUCUCUUUUUGUUCUUUCUGAAAUUUCAGUUGUUCUUUCCGAAAACGCUCUUCACUCUCUUUUUGUUCUUUCUGAAAUUUCAGUUGUUCUUUCUGAAAACGUUCUUCACUUUCUUUUUGUUCUUUCUGAAAUUUCAGUUGUUCUUUCCGAAAACGUUCUUCACUCUCUUUUUGUUCUUUCUGAAAUUUCAGUUGUUCUUUCCGAAAACGCUCUUCACUCUCUUUUUGUUCUUUCUGAAAUUUCAGUUGUUCUUUCUGAAAACGUUCUUCACUUUCUUUUUGUUCUUUCUGAAAUUUCAGUUGUUCUUUCUGAAAACGUUCUUCACUUUCUUUUUGUUCUUUCUGAAAUUUCAGUUGUUCUUUCCGAAAACGUUCUUCACUCUCUUGUUGUCUUUGCAUCUGAUACUUAA